GGUCAAGCUUCUCUUUCUCGCUUCCUAGCCCUCCGAGUCAAGUAAGCUUUCUUCCUUCCCUCAUUAGUUUUUCUUCAGUCUCUAUUUCUUUUUCCGGUAGAUGUCUUCUCCCGAUAGUCAGGAUAUUUCCGCCUCAGAUGCCCGCGCAUCUGAGGAACCUCUUUCUUCUUCUUCAUCGACCGGGUCACCUUCACCCGUUUCGAGAUCCCGGUCAGUUCCCAACCCAAAUAUCCCUGAACCGCGGCCUGUAAACCAGAUGCCCGGUCAGAUCUUUCAAGAGGGGAGUGAACCGGUCGAAGAUGAGCCGGCCCCCUAUGACCCUGAUAACGAAUCAUAUGAGGCAUGGGUGGACCGGUUGGAAACGGCCGGUUACUUUCCUCUUCCCACCAGUUACCCUUCAGAGAUCUACCCCCAUGUUUCCAAGAUCGCCCAAAACAAGGCCCGAAGGAACCUCCCGGAGGGAUAUGUCCUCGAAUACGACCCAAACUGGCCCAACAUCAUCACGCCUCACCGGGACGAUAGGGUAGGGUUCCAUAUCAUCUCCCUGGAGAGUGGCACUGUCUUCCCCCUUCGCCCCCUCCUGGUUGAGUUGUGCCACUGUUUCAAGAUCCUCCCCAGGCAAAUUACGCCCAAUGCCCACCGUUUUCUUAAUGCCUUUGUAAAUAUCUGCAUCCAUCUCAAAAUCGACCCUUCCCUUCGUUUUUUCCUUUACUUGUUUGAAGUUCUUCCCGGUAAGUCGGGUUGCGACGGCUAUGUCUAUUUCAAAUGCCGUAACGGUCGCCAAUUCAUUUCUGACCUCCCACAAAGCAACCGGCAGUGGAAGGAAAAAUUCGUUUUCAUAAAGUUCCCUACGGUUUCUCCUUUGGCCGGCAUACCAUGGAAUGACCACAUCCUGAAGCCGCAAUUUACUGAGCCGGCCACCGCCCCAGACUUGGAAGAGAGUCUAGAGAAGCUUCUCCGAGGGGACUCGUUCACCGGGCAAAUGUUUCAUUACGGGGCUUGGAUCUGGCGGGUCCAACCGGGUGGCCAGGGUACCCCCAUGGCUCAAGAAGCAGCGGGGCACGGGGUACCCGCCCCGGGCAACACUGCAGAGGCCGGGGGUCCCAGCCACCCAGACAUGAAUUUCAGGGCGUUCAACAUGCCGAAGACAACCGGUGGUUCUUCUUCCUCUGCCCCCAAAACUGUCCCGGUCCAGAAGGAGACAAUUGAAGUUCAUUCCGAGGAGGAAGCCCCUCUGACCGGGGGAGGUACCCAGACUGGCAAGGCACCGGUGAAUCCCUCCCCCAACAAGGGAAAAGGGAAAAAGAGAAUGAAGCAAGCGGCCACCACCCAUCCUUCGGUCAAGAAGAGAAGGGGAGAAGACCCCUCGGAUGAAGAGUCCUUGGAGGAACUCUGGGUCAAACUGACCCUCAAACUGAAAGGGGUAAUCUUCGUACUAACCGGCAUUUUCUCCCGGGUUUGCCUUUCAAUCUUCGUCUUAACCGAUGUUCUUUUCUAUAUGCAGAUGGGUGAAGUUAGGUCGGUUGUACUAGAGCAGCUCACCGAAGACUCCUCCUCCCGGUUAGCCAAGCUGGAGGAGAAAUUGAGGAGGUUCGAGGCCCACAACCGGGAGCUGAAGGAGCUGACAGCCCGGCAGGCAGAUGAGAUGGCCAACCUUUCGGCGAUCGCCGAAGGGGCUAAGGCGGAGACCCUCCAGCUGAAGGAGGAAAACCUGAAGCUGAUGGAGGACUUAGAGUCCAAGGAGCUGGAGUUCCCCAGUAGGGCCAGGCAAUGGGUUGGAGAGAACCUGGGCGAGACGGCCCGGGUGAUUACAUCUACCCCGGAAGUGACGAUGGAGGCCUUCAAGUUUAUAUACCAGGAGGAGCAGGGGAGGGAGAUGAUUACGCAGAUCGGGUCCUACGGUUUUAUGUCCGGGCAGAAAAGAGAUCGUGAGGCUACACAUGCAGUCCUGACAGAACGUGACCGGGCUUUCACCGCUGAAACCUACGGGUUGGCCCCCAUUCCCGAGGAAGAGCCUGAGCCCCCCUUCCCUUUGGAGUGAAAUCUCCCCGGCUGCGCCCGGUUACCUUUGUAAAAACUCCAAACUUGAAAUUUCCCCGGGGAUGCCCGGUGUACUUGUAAAACACUUAACUUCUUUAUUUUGUUGAAUGCCAUGUUCGUUUUCUUUACCGGUUAAUCCUUUACGUCUGCUUGUUUCUUGCUUGAUACUUUGUUAUUGCUUCUUAGAAUACCAUCAUAGAAACUCUGGCCGGUAGAAAUAUCAGGCCACUUCGCAAUUGUCUGUGACCGG